GCGGCCGGAGGCGAGGGCGCGGCGGGGACGUGGGCGCGAUGGCGGGGAGCGCGGAGGGCGCCCUACUGCUUCUCCUGAUCUGCUUUCACUUAGGAAAUGCACUCCAUUUAGAGGCCUUAAACUCAAGACACGAAAAUAAGCUGCUUUCUAAACAUACUCACUUAGUGCGGCAAAAGCGCGCCUGGAUCACCGCCCCUGUGGCUCUUCGGGAAGGAGAGGAUCUGUCCAAAAAGAAUCCGAUUGCCAAGAUACAUUCUGAUAUUGCAGAAGAGAAAGGAAUAAAAAUUACAUACAAAUACACUGGAAAAGGGAUCACAGAGCCACCUUUUGGUAUAUUUGCCUUUAAUAAAGACACCGGAGAAUUGAAUGUCACCAGCAUUCUUGACCGAGAAGAAACACCAUUUUUUCUGCUAACUGGUUAUGCUUUGGAUGAAAAAGGAAACAAUCUAGAGAAACCAUUAGAACUCCGCAUUAAAGUUCUUGAUAUCAAUGACAACGAGCCAGUGUUCACGCAGGAUGUCUUCGUUGGGUCCAUUGAGGAACUGAGUGCAGCAAAUAAACUAGUGAUGAAAAUCACCGCGACAGAUGCAGAUGAUCCCAGUUCUCUGAAUUCUAAAAUUUCCUACAGAAUCGUAUCUCAGGAGCCUGCUUAUUCUCCCGUGUUCUACCUAAAUAAAGAUACAGGAGAGAUUUAUACAACCAGUAUUGCCUUGGACAGAGAGAAACACAGCAGCUAUACUUUGACAGUGGAAGCAAGAGAUGGCAAUGGACAGAUAACAGCUAAACCGGCAAAACAGGCUCAAGUUCAGAUUCAUAUUUUGGAUGUCAAUGACAAUUUACCUGAAGUGAGAAGUGAAAUGCAUGAAGUGAUGGUUGAAGAAAAUCGAGCCAAUGUAGAAGUUAUGCGCAUAAAAGUGUUUGAUGCAGAUGAAAUAGGCUCUGAUAACUGGUUAGCAAAUUUUACAUUUGCAUCAGGGAAUGAAAUGGGUUAUUUGCGCAUAGAAACUGAUACUCUAACUAAUGAAGGAAUUGUGACCCUUAUUAAGGAAUUAGAUUAUGAAGAAAUGAAGCACCUUGACUUCAGUGUUAUUGUCACUAAUAAAGCACCUUUUCACAAAUCAGUUAAGAAUAAAUAUAAGCCAACGCCCAUUCCCAUCAAAGUCAAGGUGAAGGAUGUGAAAGAAGGCAUUCUUUUUAAAAGCAGCACCAUCACAGUUCGUGCUAGCGAGAGCAUGGAUAGAUCAAGCCAAGGCACCAUAAUCGGAAAAUUUCAAGUUUUUGACGAAGACACUGGACAAUCAGCCCAUGUAAAAUAUGUCAAAGUGGAAGAUAAAGACAAUUGGGUCUCUGUGGAUCCUAUCACAUCUGAAAUCAAACUUGUAAAAAUUCCUGAUUUUGAAUCCACAUAUGUCCAGAAUGGUACAUACACUGUAAAGGUUUUAGCUAUUUCAGAAGAUUCUUCUAGAAAAACCAUCACUGGCACUGUUGUUAUCAGCGUUGAAGAUAUCAAUGACAAUUGUCCCACACUGGUAAACCCAGUGCAGAAUAUCUGCGAGGACCAGGAGUAUGUGAAUGUGACUGCAAAGGACCUGGAUGGAUACCCAUACAGCGACCCUUUGACUUUCAUUGUCGUUGACAGUCCCCCUGGAAUGGCAGAAAAAUGGAAAAUAGUACGCAGAGAAAGUACCAGUGUGCUACUACAGCGAAGUGAACAAAAGCUUGGGAGAAGUGAAAUUCAGCUCCUCAUUUCUGAUAAUCAGGGCCUCCAUUGCCCUGAAAAGCAGACCCUUAAACUCACAGUUUGCAAGUGCCUGCACGGCAGUGCCUGUGUGGAAGGGCUGAGCGAGGGCUACAUUGGCCUGGGGCCCGCAGCAAUCGCCCUGAUAAUUUUGGCUCUUUUGCUCUUGUUACUUGUACCACUUCUGCUGCUGACGUGCCAUCAUGGACAGGGCGCCAAAGGCUUUGCCCCCAUUCCUGCCACCAUAGAGAUGCUGCAUCCUUGGAAUAAUGAAGGGGCACCCCCUGAAGACAAGGUGGUGCCACCACUUCUGACAGUGGAUCACAGAGAGAAUUUAGGAGUGGGCAGUGGAGCAGGAGGUGGAGUAGGAGGUGGUGCAGGAGGUGGCAUAGGAAGUUUAACAGUCAAGGAAACCACCACGAAAGGAAGUAGCUCAGCGUCCUUUACCAGAGUGCAGCAUGACAUGUCCGAGGUGGACGGAAGGUGGGAAGAACACAGAAGCCACCUUGCUGGGGGUGCCACCCACGUUACAGGGGCAGCAGGAGCCAUCAUAGGCAGUGAAACCUUAAGGACCACGAGAACCACGGGGACUUUCAGAGACAUGGCUGGAGCUCGAGCAGCUGCUUCUGCAGUGAAUGAGGAAUUCUUAAGAAGUUAUUUCAUUGAGAAAGCUGCCCGUUGCACUGAGGAAGAUGACAAUCACACCUCCAAAGAUUGCCUUCUGGUUUAUUCUCAGGAAGAAACUGAAUCUCUACACGGUUCCAUUGGUUGUUGCAGUUUUAUUGAAGGAGAGCUAGAUGACCACUUCUUGAAUGACUUAGGCUUUAAAUUCAAGACGCUAGCUGAAGUUUGCUUGGGUCAAAAAAUAGAUAUGGAUAUGGAAAUUGAGCAGAGGUCGCAACCUGUGAGAGAGACAGCUUCCCAUUCACUCUCCAAGCAAACGAGAGUUAACUCAGAGAAUACCUACUCCUCUGGUAGUAGCUUUCAAGUUCCAGAAUAUUUGCAUGAAUCAAAUGCAGAGCAAAUGACUCAGGAAGUAGUCACUGAAAGGUCUGUGUCUUCUAAGCAGAAUCAAAAGGUAGCUACACCACUCCCUAAUCCAUUGGCGUCUGGUAAUGUCAUAGUGACAGAAACCUUUGCCACAGGCUCCACUGUGCCACCACCAAGCACUGUGAUCCUGGGCCCCAGACAGCCACAGGGCCUUAUUGUGACUGAGCGGGUCUAUGCCCCAGCUGCUACCUUGAUAGAUCAGCAUUAUGCUAAUGAAGGUAAUGUCACGGUUACCAAGAGAGUUAUAGAGCCUAAUGGGGGCCUGUCUGGUCCUCGGGAAGGCACCCCACACCUGCCAGAUGGGCAUUAUGUUAUGGUGAGGGAAAGAGAGAGCUUCCUUACCUCCAGCUCAGGUGCGCAGCCCAAUCUGGCCACGCCCAGUGCAGCAGCAGGUCAGAAUGUGACAGUGACCGAAAGAGUGCUAACACCUGCUUCCACCCUGCAGUCCAGUUACCCAGCUGCUGCGGAAACCUCCGUGGAGGCCAGAAAGACUGUGGUUUCUGGAGCUGGAGUCCCUGGCCCUCUGUCAAAUUUGGGUUUCAGGGAGUCUGGUCACUCUAGCUCUACUGUAACCACAUCGUCCACCAGAGUCUCCAAGCAUAGCACAGUGCAGCAUUCUUACUCCUAAACGGUCAGCCACAGUCUGACCCGGAGUUUAACGAGCAGUGAGUGAGUUCAUGUUUUCAAUGGAUCUGCCUUUUGUUGAGGCUUACAGACAUGAAAGGUACAUACACAGAAGUAAAACUUUCUCAGUCACCAAUAGACAAUGGGCCUUGCUAUCUCAGCAUCCGGAAGCGUGCUUCAGAAAUGCGCUCAGACUUCCCGAGGGCAUAACCAUAAUGCUCUCAAGUGCCUUUUAGUGAGUUGCGGCCAAACAAUAUUCACGAAACAAGUUAAAUAGAGAGUAAACCUGGCUUCUGAGAAUUUACCAAAUUAAUACAGCAUCCAGUUCAUCAGCUGUACAGUAGAGCCAUCCAUGAAACCAGCCGGGCCUGUGCAUACCAUGUUGACAUUUACCAUUGCUGUUCUAUAGCCCAUACUUGACUACCCCUAGCAUAUUGUCAACACUCAUUUAUCCAAAGAUAAAUAUACAGCGUGGGUGACCAGUUUUGCUUGUUUUCCUUAAGACCAGAGAGGCCUUUCAAUCUGUUAGGGUGAUGUAAUUUUGGAACACUGACGUGGUAAAAACAUAUGGUUCUGUGCACAUAACUGUGUGUCUGUGUGUGUGUGUGUGUGUGUGUGUGUGUGGUUUAUCCUUAAAAAUGACAUUGUAUUGUCUCUUUGUCUCUCAAUAAUGAAAAUAUUAAAUACUUCCAAUUCAGUUGAAUCCAGGGAAAAAUUCAUAAAUAUAAAAUCACUUUACUUUUUGUAAUAAUAAUAUACUAUUUAUAAAACCUCAGGAUAUAUUGUAUUUUAAUUUUGUACAGCUAAAUUAACCAGCAGACUAUGUACACUGUGAGAAGAACCAUGCUUGCUUCAGUCCUCCUCAGUGCCUGACAUGGGUGUGAAAUCAAUAUUUGUGUAAACUAGAUUUUAGAAGCCUCUCUAUUUACAAUUUCAAAAUAUUAAAAGACCUUAUCAUUUCUAUAAUGAUGAGUUUGAAAUUAUGAUUUUAUUCUAUGCCUCAAAGUCAUUGACUGGCUGGUCAUGACUUAAAUAUAUAAUUGGCAUGAAUUUAUAUAACAUCCUUGCCCCUUUUUCAAAAGUGGUUUGAGUGUUUUGACCAAAUAAAUAGAUCGUAUUUCUGAUGCUCCUUGAAAAAAUAAUUUAUUUCAAGUUGCAAAGUAUAUGUGCCUCUGAGUAACAAUUUAUAUAAAUAUUCACAACAAAAUAAUUUUCAUAAAUUUUAAAUACUAUGUAAUUUUGUGAUUUUUCAAAAUAUUUUGCUUAGGGAAUUGAAUCUUUAAAAAUUUAUUUUUGUAACAUUUAUGGAAGUAUUGUAGACUUGAAUUGUGUAAUGCAAAUAUUGAUACUUUUUUGCUCCCACUGAUUGUGUAUGAAUAAAAGGCAAAUAUUUUUAGAUGCCGUAAGUCCGUGGCCAAAAUAAAAGUCCUUCCAGGAUCUAAAUUUUUUUACUUUCUACUUAUGUAAAUGUUGGGUUUAUUUUUCAGUAUAGACUUAGUAGUUACAUUUUGCCAAGUAUGCAACAGGAAAACCACUACUGUGUGAAAUGUGAAAAUGACCUAAGUACUUCAAACAAACAAAACUUGAUCUUAAACUUCCUGGAGCAAUCUUGAAAGCUGAAGCCUGUCACAUGUGUAUAGUGUAAUCACAUUUCCUAAAUGGUUUUCUUUGUUCCCAAAAGGAUGAUUUGUAUUAGUUUUUACAUUUGUUCCUUGGAAAAAUAUAUUUGUAUGUGUGUCAUCAAAAUAUUUAAAUUAAAAAAAUGAC